AUGUUUUUGCAGGAUUUCGUGAAAAUUGAUAAGUUGAUGGAUGAUAAUGCAAAACGAGCAUAUGAAGAGCUGAAAAAGAUCUAUGAAAGCAGUGAUGAAGCCAAGACUGACGUUGAAUUGUUAUGGCGGCUGGGCAAGGCUUGCUUCCUGUGGGCGAAUACAAUGCCAAAAAAAGAUUCCGUGAGGAAACGGCUCAUCUUUGAAGGUCGAGCGUACGCAACGGCGGCUUAUGCAAAUGACGAGAGCAAUUUCGAGGCGCUCAGGUGGUUGGCAAUUCUGGUGGGUUCAUGCACCGAUUUUAUGGGACCAAAAGAAAAAAUUGAACAGGGCAAGAUAUUCAAGAUGUAUCUGGAUCGUGCAAUAGAAGCGGAACCGAACGAGUUCACGAUGCUGCACUCACGAGGACGCUUCUCGUAUGAGGUUGCUAAUUUAUCGUGGGUUGAGCGGCGACUAUGCAAUGCGUUGUUCUCGCAGGUUCCAUCGGCCACCAUUGAGGAAGCCCUCAGUGAUUUCCUAGAGGCGGAGAAAUGUGCGCAGUUUGUUUGGCCUGAAAAUUUAUUGUACAUUGUGCGCUGCUAUGCUCUGAAGAAGGACAAAAAGCAUGCGACAAUGUACUUGGAGAAAGCGGAGGAGGUUGAACAUCCGGACGAAGCGACAAGAGAAGCAUUAACAGAAGUUCGCUGCAUGGUUGCCAAACUGAAAUAA